GAUUCGAUCAACACUAUCAGUUCCAAUUUGUUGAGCAAACAAUUCAAUUUGUCAAAAUGAAUAAAUUUACGAUUUUACUAUUAACAAUAACAAUUUACGCUGUGACCGCUGAGCCGCUACGAAACGGACAACAACAAUCGCAACGACAAUUUGCCCGUCAAGAAGUCACUACUGAACAAGAUGAAACUACCACUACAGAUGAUGUUCAAUCAACGUCGAUCCCAUCAAAUAAUGGACCCUACACACCAUCCGGUUGGAGGCCAUCGGGACAGUUGUUAGUUCUACCAGCGAGACAACAACAGCCGCAACAGCAAUAUGGACCACCUCAACAAUACGGACCUCCAACAACGGAAUACGGUGCACCCGAUGAAGAUAAUGUUUCGUCAACAGCUGAAGCAAGUGAUUCCACCGACAGCAAUGAAACAACCGAUGAACCAGAUUCGGAAAGUGUUGAUGUCGAAGAUGGACCAUCUCAAGCGAAUAUCAAUCAACAAUCUCAACAGCAGCCAGGAUAUUUCGUUCGACUAGCCGACGGAUCUCUGCAACAGGUUCUGUACGUUGCUCCUGCUGCUAUCGGUGCCAAACUACAAGUCCAACCAGCACUUCAAGCUCAACCCGCUCAACCACUAUUCAUUCAACCAUAUUAUGUUCCGCAAGCUGUGUCUUACACCUCUCACUAUCAGAGCUGGUAAAGAUCACGCAACGAAACGCCGAAAACGGAAACAUUUUUAUUUAUUUAUUUUACGAUAAUUUAUUUUGCAUUGGAAAUAAAACCAUCAGACUCACGACA